UAGUCAUAGGGGGCGAUAACGAGCUAAGAUUACCGUUCAUCAACAUUUCCUCGCCUCUUGUCAAACGGCAAGAAGAGGGCUACUGAAUAAACAUGGCACAAAGUCUGCUUUGCCGAGUUGGUCGUGUCGUUCAAGCGGUCAGGUGGACUUCACAUGUUGCCACUCGAACGCUUUCUGCAGCAGCACAAGAAGAGCCGCUCACGCUGAAAGAACAACAGGACGGAAUCAGGAGAAUAAUUCUGAACAACCCCAAGAAGAGAAAUGCCUUGUCCCUGGCCAUGCUUGCAUCACUGCGUGAGAACAUCGUCACUGGAGUGGACAGCGAUGACCUCCGGGUCAUCGUCAUAUCAGCCCGAGGUCCAGUGUUUUCUUCUGGCCAUGACCUGAAAGAGCUGACGUCGGUCCAAGGCAGAGAGUAUCACACCAAAGUGUUUAAUGCCUGUUCUGAGGUCAUGACGCUCAUCCAAGACAUUCCGGUGCCCGUCAUCGCCAUGGUGAAUGGGGUCGCCACGGCUGCAGGGUGCCAGCUGGUGGCCAGUUGUGACAUUGCCGUGGCGACGGAGAAGUCGACCUUUGCCACGCCGGGGAUAAACGUGGGGCUGUUUUGCUCCACCCCUGGAGUGGCCAUCGGCCGAGCGGUGCCCAGGAAGGUUGCCAUGGAGAUGUUGUUCACGGGGCAGCCGGUCUCGGCCCAGGACGCCCUGCGCCACGGCCUGGUGAGCCGCGUGGUGGCGGACGAGGCAGCGCUUGAGGAGGCCACGCUGGCGAUGGCGCGGAGCGUGUGCGUGGCCAGCCGCCCGGUGGUGGCGCUGGGCAAGGCGGCGUUCCAGAGGCAGAUGGCGCAGGGGCGCGACGCGGCCUACGCCACGGCCUCCGCCGUCAUGGUGGACAACCUGGCGCUGCGUGACGGCCAGGAGGGCAUCAGGGCGUUCCUGGAGAAACGGAAGCCCACGUGGUCACACAGCACGGAGAAGGCACACAAGUGAGGGCUGUAGGGGGCGUGCAAGCGCCUUGGCAGAGUAGGGGGGUGUGUGUGUGUGUGUGCGCAUGUGUAGGGCCACAAGUGGGGGAUAUGGGUGCCUUAUCAGAAUAAGUGUGUGUGUGUGUGUGUGUGUGUGUGUAAGGCCAAUGUGGGGGACGGGAAGUAGGAUUGAACAAUUUGGAGGGGAAAAUCUAAUUGCAGUUUUUCUGACAGAUAUUGCGAUUGAGAUUUGAUUUUGCAAUAUAUUUUUCAAUGUCAAGCUUCAGUUCAAUAUUCCAAAUGUCGCUUUAAAUUGGGCCACUUCUUAUUGGUGAGCAUGCCAAGUGCAUGAGAAGCACGGCACUCCUGAUUGGUGAGCACUGCUGUCUGUCAUUCAAGGAGGAUGAGCUGAAUAUAAAAAUCAGAUGUGACAAGAGUAACCAUUUGGACUGAGUUACAAGCUGUGUGAUUAAUUGCAGCCUUUGCGAUUAGCUAAUUGCAUUAGUUCAAAUUUGAUUUCAAUUAAAAAUCGAUAAAUCUUUCAGCCCUCAUGGGAAGUGCCUUAUCAGAGUGUGUGUGUGUGUGUGUGUGUGACGUGUGUGUGCAGGUUUGCAGUGUGACUCUUGUGUAUUUGUUAAUAGUGGGAUUUCAGUCUGACGAAUAGAACAAAUUUACUUUGUCAAAAUAAUUGCCUUGUGUGUUGCUGUCUACUAAUACAGAACUGCAGAAAACAUAUCCAUGUAAGGAUUAUACAAGCAAUAACAGAUAACACUGCAUCACAACCUCAGACUACACCGCUAAUGGAUGUUGUUGUGUUGCGGCUCCAGCUCUCAGUUAAUGAUGACUUUUAAAAAGGUCACAGUGCUCAAUUGUACAGAUCAAUGGCUGUGUUUCAUGUUUUGGACUUGGCAUGCGGGUUAACACGUAAUUAUUAUCUACCGGGUGUUGAUUUACAGUAGGUGUACAGUGUUGCCGCUUUGGAUAAAAGCGCCUGCUAAAUGAUUUAAUGUAAAUGUAUUGCAGAUUAUGGGAAAUAAAGGACUCUUGUUUUGUA